UGGCCAUAUUUGGUGGGUGGAUGACAUGGAGCAGGAUGAGGAAGUGAUGAGUUUUUGCUAGCGAAACAUCGCCAGUUGUUUCGAUGUGUGUUUACCAUGGGACAUUUUAUCAUUUUAUUUUAUUUCAUAUAGUUAUCAAAAAGUGGGACGUAGAAAGAUUUUCAAGCUGAAGUUGAGGUGCUGAGUGUCGGCCAUGUUGGAUCACGCUGACGUGAGUUUAAGCCCGGAGGAGCGAGUGCGUGCUCUCACUAAGAAGGGCAGCGCGGUGGAGGUGAACGAGGCCGUGCCGGCGCGCCGAUACUUUCGCUCGGGCAUGGAGAUGAUCCGCAUGGCGCACGUCUACGCCGAGGAGGCCAACCUGGAGCACGCCUUCGUCCUCUACAACAAAUACAUCACGCUUUUCAUUGAGAAACUCCCCAGACAUCCCGAGUACAAGUUAUCCAACAUCCCUGAGAAGAAGGACACUCUGAAGAAGCUGAAGGAGGUGGCGUUUCCUCAGGCCGAGGAACUGAAGAAAUGUCUGCUGAAGAGAUAUGAGAAAGAGUAUGCAGAGUAUCUCACUAAAAAACGGGAGGAGGAGGCAGCAGUGCAGCGUGAGUUGGCGAAGCAGAAGGAGCUGGAGGCGGAGAGGAGGCGUGUGGCGGAGCUGCAGAGGAGGCAGGAGGAGCAGCAGCAGUUCAGCGUGUUUGAGGAGAUGAUCCGGCGCCAGGAGCUGGAGCGCGAGCGCCAGCGUGUCCUGCAGGAGUUCAGCGCUCCCGUCUCCCCUCCCCACCACACCCCGCUCAUCCCUGGCAUCCAGGGCCCGCCCCCGCCUUACCCAUCAUCCCCUACGCCACCCCAGAGCCCGGCGUACCCCUCCACCAAUCACAGCACAGCACCAGCACCGGCCACACCAGCUCCUCCUCCUAUGUUUGACCGUUCACUCAAACCAGGCUCUCUGAACAAAUCAGGCAACAGUACGCCAGUGGACGGAUUGCGGCAGGUCGCUGUCCCCGCCGAGCUCUGCUCCAGGUUCCUGCAGCUGGCCAACAGCAACACGAUGCGCGCCGUGGAGACGUGCGGGAUCCUCUGCGGAAAACUGACGAGGAACGCGUUCACGGUGACGCAUGUGAUCGUCCCGAAGCAGUGCGGCGGUCCUGAUUACUGCGACACGGAGAACGAGGAGGAGCUGUUUCUGGUGCAGGACCAGCACAACCUCAUCACACUCGGCUGGAUACACACUCAUCCGACUCAGACGGCCUUCCUCUCCAGCGUUGAUCUUCACACUCACUGCUCCUACCAGCUGAUGUUGCCUGAAGCCAUCGCCAUCGUCUGCUCGCCAAAAUUCAACGAGACGGGCUACUUCAGGCUAACCGACUACGGCAUGGAGGAGAUCUCCACCUGCACACAGAAAGGCUUUCACCCUCACCCCAAAGAGCCCCCGCUAUUCAUCAACGGCAGCCAUGUUGCGAUCACAGAAGGCGCCGUCACCAUGCUAGACCUGCGCUGAUCGGCUCGAACAGCGGUACAACGAAGCGCUUUCAACCCUGGACAGCAACUGUAAUCUAUUACCCUUAACAUGCUACAUGGACCAGCAUUGGCUAGAAGUGAGACGAAUGAUUACUGAGCAUUUACAGGUGGUGGGAUUUCGUUUGAACAGACGGCGGCGACUGUCUGCGUGAAGCACUUUGGAAAAGCAAACACUCGUUAUACUCAAGAAAGACGCUUUACACCAUCCGCUGGGAGCACAGGGAUGUUCGCACACGUCUAGGACUCUGAAGAAAACGACUGUUGCCAGUUUCAUUCGUUAUGUAAAUUGUGUUUGUCAUUCAGUGUCAUGUCAGUGUUGAAGAUGGUGGCGAUGUGUUUGACACUAACUCAUUGAUGUAAAUAACAUUAAAGCAACAAGGUGUUUUUAAACCUGCUUUCAGA